AGGGUGUUUUGUGUUAUUCUCUGGUCUUUUCCCAUGGAAGGCUGCCGUGUCCAAAGUGGGGAAGAGCAGCGGCGAGGGAGCCUGGGGACUGUGAUGGCCUCAGGCUGGCAUUUAGGUAAUAUCCAGUCAUGGUGGGAGUUACCGAGUAUUGCCCAUUUUUGCUCACUCUUCAGGGCUGCAUUCGAUCUUCUUGACUUUGAUAUCGAGGAGCUUGAGGAGGCUCUGCUGACUGAUGGCCUGGAGGACACUGGGAGCCCACUCUUGGUGGAGUUGACAGUACGCCUGGUGCAGGGCUGCCUCCCAGGCAAGGCUGUCAAUGCCACAAACUACCAGAGCUACCUGAGAAAGCUUUUCAAACACAAAUGUCAGGAGGAUCCUACUCGAGAAAAUUUGUUUGUGGAGGGAGACAUGCGAUGGCUGCCCCUCCGGAGAAAAGUGGAGAUCCUUCAUGCCCUUUGUGACUUUAGACUAGAAGCUGAGGAUGUUCUUGAUCUCUUAAAAAACUUAGAAUCCGAUAGUUUAAGAGUGGAGCCCCUUGGGUAUGAUGAUGGUGGCUCUACUUAUUGGUAUUUUUACGGUACCCGCCUAUAUAGGGAAGACCACUCCCUGUACCAUCCACACAGACGAAAACCAAAGGACAAAGAAAAAGAAGAUAAAAGAAAAAAGAAGCGUAAGAAAAAAGGUCAUAAAAAUGAGGAAAGUGAAGAGGAGACUGACUUACCUAAGGCUGUGUGGCAGGUCCAGUGUUUCUCAGAGGAGGAUUGGAAUUUGCUAGCAGAGAAGUUUGAGGAAUGUUCCUCCAAGCUUGAACGUAGCUUGUUGCAGACUCUUCGGGAAGACUUCUUGCCAGAAAUUCCUAGACUUUUUCAAGAAAAAGAGAAAAUUCAGAGGAAACGCAUGAUGGAAUUUGCCCCGAGAAGAUCGUCAGGUCGUGUCCAGAAGUUGAGAGAAAAGAAAGAAGAAGAAGAGAAGAAAAUGGCAAUUGAAAUUGUAGAGCAAGAAAAGAGGAGGCAAAUUGAGGAGGAGAAGAAAAAGAAAAAAAAGGAAGAAGAAUCCAUACCUACAGAAAAGGUUGAGAGGAAAGCUAUACGAGAGGUUCUAAAGGAAGAAGUGAUACAAGAGAAAGCCUCACCACCAAAGCUAAACAAAUUACCUCGGGAAAGGAAAAAGAGUGAAGGUCAGGACCUUAAGAUUCGAGACAAACUUGAGUGUUCAUUGGACCUGUAUGAAAUUAAUGAUGCAUCAGAUCACAACGAGGUUUGGGAGGAGCCAGUGAAAAAGAUCAAGGGUGGACGCCCAAGGAAAAACAGUACAGAUGAUCCAGAAGACAAGGCUAAAGUUAGCAGAGGAAGGAAACCAGGACGAGGCAGAAAACCUGGAAGUCCGAGGAAACCUGUCUCACAAAAGCUUGUCACUAAAGAGGAAUUUACUGAUGAAGAGACUGAAAAUGAGACUUCAAAACCUCAGGUGUACAGUGGUCGCAAAACCAACAACUCCUUAUCAUCAGUAGCAUUUUCUCUGAAUAAUGCAGCUGUGGUGCCUGAACCAGCAGUCACCAAUGUCAAUUCUGUUACCUCUCCACCCACUAAGAAAAAGGUCAAGAGUGCUCACAUGGUCCUGCAAACAGAAGAUGACCUUAGGACAGGAAUGUACAAAGUUCUUGAGCAUCUGCGGGACCAUGAGGAUGCGUGGCCUUUCCAUGACCCAGUGGAGGAAGAGUAUGCUCCCAACUACUAUGCAGUCAUCCGCAGACCAAUGCACAUUUCCCGGAUGGAGGAGCGCCUGGAUGCUGGCUACUACUCCAACCUGGCCAUGUUUGAGGGAGAUUUUAAGCUUAUGAUGGAUAAUUGUAAGCUUUAUAAUGGGCCAGAGAGUGAAUACACACACAUGGCUUACACUCUAGAGAAAGUGUUUGCAAAGCUCAAGGCAAAGUACCUUGAAGCAGACCUUUCUUCUGAUGAAGAAAUGUACAUAGAUAUGAGUUACCAGCAGUCAGCAAAGAGAAAGAACAAGAGGAGAAGUAAUAGUGACGAAAAAGAAAAUACACGAAUAGAUAGUGGAAAAAUUUUAGCAAAGAAGAGAGGACGCAAAAAGAAGAAAGUAGGAAGGAAGCCAAAGGAAAAACAUAAAGAGGAUGGGAAUAUUACACCUGAAAAAGACAAAGAGUGGAAGAAAAACAAGUUGAAUAGAGAAAGAGACAAAGAGAAGACAAAGAACAAAGAGAAACCAAAGAUUGAUGCACCUGUAUUUGGUGAUGAUAAUGAUGAGAUGGCAAGAGAAGAUGAGGAUGAUGAGGAUGAUGAUGAUGAUGAGUUUCCAGAACCUCCAUUGUUAGUAAGAGAAGAUCCCUAUCCUGAGGAGGAUGAAGAGGAAGAGAUGGAUGGUGUGGAAGAAACACAUGAACCUUCUUCAUUUAUUGAUGAGUCUCAUGGUGAGGAGGAGGACGAAGAUGAGGUGCAGGUAGCAACACCUUUAGUAGAGAAGGAAGAGAGAAAAGUGCCAAGGAACAAAACUGGGAAAAAUAGGAAAGAAGAAAACAAGAAGCCUUUGUUGAGUGACCAUGUUGAUGAUGACGAUGAUGAUGAUGAUGACAUGGAACCAGAUGUAUGCAUGUAUUAUAACAAUAAUGACUACCACAGUGAUGAUGAUGAUGAUGCUAAUGAUGCUGGGGAGGGGGAAAUGGAGUGCAAGGGAGAGGAAGGGAAGGGGGAAUUGGAAGAUGAGGAUGAGGAAGAGGAAGAGGAGGAGGAGAGGACUACUGAUUAUUUGAGUGAGAGGCAUAGUGAAUUGUUUGGGGAAAUUGAUGAUAUUGAUGAUGAUGAGGAAGAAGGGGAAAAGAAGGCAGUGACAAUAGCUGUAGAUGGUGAAGAUGAGAAAGUAAAACACAAUCACUUGGGAAAAUCUAGCCGGAAAAAGAAUGGAGGAGGUAGCGGAAAAGAGAAAGACAAGAAAAAACACAAGCAUGGUGAAAAGCACGACAAGCACCAUCAUCAUCAUCACCAUCAUCAUCAUCACCAUCAUCAUCACCAUAAGAACAAAAACAAGGAUGGAAAGCAUCAUAAAAAGAAGAAUAAACAUGCUACUGAGAAAGACUCCAAAAAGAUACUGAAAGUUGAAGAUGUUUAUGACUACUCUGAAGAAGAGGACCCUGGGGAGAAAGCUGUGGAAGAGGAAGCACCAGUUCCUCCUGCUACUAAGGUGAAGGAAGAACCAGCAGUAAAGAAGAAGAAGAAGAUAAAGCAUCGUGGAAAGCAUGAGAAACAUGGGAAGCAUCACGACAAGCAGGAACGACGCAAAGAGGGAAAAGUUAAGGAAGGAAAGAAAGAAGGAAAGAAGAAAAACAGCAAAAAGAAGAAAAUUCCAGCAAAAAACAUGGCAGCAAUUGAUGCUCUUUCUGCAGCAACUGAGCAGACUCUGAAGGAUAUAACAACAAUGCUUGAUGAGUCUAAUGUUCCUCGCAUCAGUGAAUAUUCCUCUGCCAGUAACUCACCAUCUCGCAAGGUCACUGCAGAGGAGUUUGAGGCUAUUGCAUAUAAAAUUGAGGCGGAGUAUAGAAGAAAACUGAUGAUGGAUGAACCAAAGGAUAAAGACAAGAAAGCUCAUAAAAAGAAGAAGAGAAAAAAUAGUGAUGGAGGAGAGGGUGAAGAACCAAAGAAGAAGAAAAUCAAGAAGGAAAAGAAAACUGAAAAUGACAAGGACAAUUUAGAUAACACAAAGGAAUUAUUCAAAGACAUAAAAGAUGGAAGAAUAAAACCAGGAGCCAUAAUCAAGUCUAAAGACAUAGCAAAAAAAGAGGGUGUUGUUAAAAAGGAAACAAAAACAUCUACGGAGGGGAAGCCUAAGACAAAAACUAAUCCUUUUGGAAAGAUUAACAAACAAGAAGACUCUAAGUUAACCACACUCAUAGCAAAAGCCAAAGAAUCACGUAUAGGCCUUGUCCCCAACAGUGAAGUGGGAGACAGCCCUAAACUCAGCUUAGGCAGCAUCAUUCGCUCAGGGGAUAUUGGCACAGGCAUGAAAUCAACCCAUGAAGCCAACAGCACAGAUGAUGAAGAGAAAUGGGAACCAAAAGAAAAAUGGGACAGCCCUUUUGAGAACAGAUGGGAGAAAGUGCCAGAGAAAGAAGAAGCUCCAUCUGUAAGAGAAGAAGAUGAGAAAGAGGAAAUUCCUGAGGUGGAGGAUUUUAAUGAAAGAAUAUGUGAAGAACCUCCCCCAACUCCUCGGGCACCAGAGAUAAAACAGGAAAGGGCAACUCCUAACUUAAGUGCCUGGUUCAAAGCUUUUGGCACCCCAAAGCUGUCAUGUGCUGGCCCUAAGAAGAUGCCUGAUGACUUAAUGGGCAGUCCUAAGGAAAUGGAUGAUUCAGAAAUCAUCAAUGUAGAGGAUGAAGGAGAUGUGGAUGUUGGUGAGCCAUGUCCACUGGAUGAACCUCCACCUUCACUAUUGCCACCAGGCAGUCCAGAACCUCCAGUAUCUCCAGAACCUCCAAUCUCUCCUGAGAAACCGCCAGAAACGCCAUGGUAUGAGAAAUUAGAUGAAAAACUGGAAGAUGAACCAAUCUGGAAGAAAAUGAAGAUGAGAGACCAAGGAUACACGGUUGUGGACUGCAGGAUGGUAAGAGUUGUAUCUAUCAUGACCAUUAUCCUCUUUCAACUCCCACAGUUUAUGAGGCUGUAAGAUGCCCUGUAUAGUAUUCACAAGCCAUGAAUGGAUGUUAAUGAGAAUAAUGGUCAAUAGAUGGUUGGAGGGGAACAUUUGGUGAAGUACUAUUUUUCUUCACCAAACAAGGGGGCUAUUACUCUUGACAUUAGUUACCAACAGUUAGCAUGACUAGUAACAUCUUUCCACUUUUUAUCAGUGUGUUUGUGUGUAGCACCAUAACUAAUUUAGUCAUGCUGGGUAGACAUACCCAGCAUAGGAGCUGUAAAGAUUAUUCAGUGGAAAUUAAGUUCCUAAACUAUUCAUAUGCGUAUUAAGUGCACACUAAUUUGGUUAAGUAGGAAUGGCUUGCAGUUUAAAUUACAAGAUUAGGGUAAUGCUUGUUGACAGUGGUCUAUUGUUAAUCAUUGCUCAUAUGUCUGUAAAUUCUAGAUUCAGAUUCAUAAACCUUCUAUCAGAAUUCUUCAGCAUUUUUUUUUUCUUCUUUUUUUCUUUUCUGUUCUUCCAAUGAAGGAUUGUCUUUUAUACAAAGUAAUGUUUUGCUCAGAAUAUCUCAUAUUUUUUUUUCUAAUUGUUAUAUUUUAUUCUUUUCAUAAACUUAAAUAAUCAGUUCAGUAUAGAAAAUGAGCAUAAUAUUGUCAGCACUCACAUUUAGUGUUUUCAAAAGAGUUUUAGAUUUUAUUAGGAGCAGACAAUAAGUUACUUGCCAUUAUGGUAACAAAACAAACACAGAUAAUGGUGAAUUAUAGUGUCUAAAUAAAACCACAGAAUGGUUUUUCUUUUUUAGAAAGCAGCUUCACACUAUAUUAAAGGCACAUUUUGAAUGUAAAUUAUAAAAAUUUUAAUGUUUAAAAAGUACAAAGUAUUAAUUACCUGUGCUUCAAAUUCCCACUUCUAAAGAGGGAACCAGAAAUAUUCUUAGGUUAGAUUUUGCAGAAGGGAUAACUUCAGCUGAUAUGUGAAACAUUUUCAUUAUCAUAUAUCUAAAGUUAGUGGAGGUUGUCCAUAUUAGUACUUCCUCUAUCCUUAGAUCUCAAUCAAGACUGGCUGUAACACUUGUGUAUAUAAUGAUUAAAUUUGUCCCUAAUCCUA